GAGCACUUCCGGUUUCCGUGACUCCUCAAAUAUUUCUGCACGAAUCAAUAGUUAACGGCACUUCUUAACCUCAAUAGAGUUUUACUAUUUACUUUCCGGGAGGUCAAAGUGCGACGAGGAGUGCAUGAAACACAGAGGAGACAAAGAAAUGGUCAUUUGCUUCUGCAACUGGAUUGCUUUUGCCGACAGAAUGCACGCAGUACUUGUAGAAGAGCUGGCAGCCGGCUUUAACCAUCCUGCAGCUGUUAGUUCUAAAAUAAGAACACCACUACGGGCCUCAAAUCAGCAUUAAGGAGUUUGAUGGAGUGUCAUUUUAUUCAUCCAUGGAUAUUCCAUCUCCAGAAAAAGAGGAGCAUGUUCAUGUGUCAUCUGCUGAACGAAACAGCCAUGGAGGAAUAACGUACAGAGGAGGUUUAGGAACAGAUGCCUUUCUUUAUGGAGCUGCGCUGAUGCCAUGUCUACAUGGGAGAUAAGAUAUUACUCCAUAAUGGGCUGUGGAACGAGCAAAGUACUCCCAGAGCCUCCAAAAAAUGUACAGCUGGACUUGGUGAAAAAGGUGGAACCCUUUGUGUUCUCGAAAAAUGACCAGUAUAAGCACUUUAUUACAGACUGUGAGCAGACAGAUCUGAAGAAGAAUUCAUUGUCUCCUCCGUAUCCUCCUGGAUAUAUAAACUCUCAUACAGAAAAUCCAGACCCUCGGAGGAACAAAGUGGCUAAAUACAGGGCAAAGUUUGAUCCACGUGUGACUGCAAAGUAUGACAUCAAGGCACUUAUUGGACGAGGGAGUUUUAGCCGUGUUGUACGAGUUGAACACAAAGCAUCCAAACAGCCCUAUGCCAUUAAAAUGAUUGAGACCAAGUACAGAGAGGGAAGGGAAGUAUGUGAAUCGGAGCUUAGCGUGCUCAGGCGAGUCCGCCAUACCAACAUUAUCCAGCUUAUUGAAGUGUUUGAGACCCAGGAAAGGGUUUAUAUGGUGAUGGAGUUGGCUACAGGUGGUGAGCUUUUUGACCGCAUAAUUGCCAAAGGCUCCUUCACGGAGAGGGAUGCUACCCGAGUUUUGCAGAUGGUCUUGGAAGGCGUGAAAUACUUGCACACACUUGGCAUUACGCAUAGAGACCUAAAGCCUGAAAAUCUGCUCUAUUACCAUCCGGGGACAGACUCCAAAAUUAUGAUAACCGAUUUUGGACUUGCAAGUGCUCGAAAGAAAGGUGGUGACUGUUUAAUGAAGACCACUUGUGGAACUCCUGAGUAUAUUGCACCUGAAAUAUUGGUGAGGAAACCCUAUACCAAUGCUGUCGACAUGUGGGCGUUGGGAGUCAUAUCGUAUAUACUUUUAAGCGGAACUAUGCCAUUUGAGGAUGAUAAUAGAACCAGAUUAUACCGACAAAUUUUAAAGGGGAAAUACAGUUACUCUGGAGAGCCAUGGCCUAGUGUUUCAAAUCUGGCAAAGGACUUUAUUGACCGUCUGCUUAUGGUAGAACCAAGCGAGAGGUUGACUGCAACACAAGCGCUAAAGCACCCAUGGGUAGUAAGCAUGGCCGCAUCUUCCUCUAUGAAGAACCUGCACAGAUCCAUCUCCCAAAACUUGCUGAAGAGGGCAUCUUCUCGUUGCCAAAGCACAAAAUCUUCGCAUUCAACUCGCUCCAGUCGCUCCACCAAAUCCACUAAGUCUCGGCGAGUGAGAGAACGCGAGCUGCGAGAAUUGAAUCUACGGUAUCAGCAACAUUAUAAUCGCUGAGCACUCUAACAGAG